AGUGUGCUGCCUUUGUCGCGUGGGGGCGGCGCGUAACGCUCUUUGUCGACCGUCAGCUUUGUGUUGAAGGCAGAGGUUUCCCCACACAGCGAAGGAGCAACACCAACAGGCAGCAAGUGAGUCACGUAUCAUUAUUUUUCCAUUACACCUGACUAUCUGGGACGUACUGUACGGCUGAUAUUUACCACGUUUAAACAGAUAUCUUCAUCACCUUCACCAUCAUCACCAUCAUGAGGAACAUCACCGGCAAACACUUGUUGUGCCUCCUCCUGCUCAUCUUCCCAAUCUCCUGGGCAGAGAUCACGAAGAAGGAUGUGAGGAAGCCUGACAAUGACACAGGUGAGGCUGGACUCAAACCUUUUUCCUGUAGGUGUUCGUGGACACAUUGAAGGCUUUUUUUUCUAGAAUAGGUGUCUCAGGAGUUAUUAAAAGAGCAGCAUCCUCAAAGAAAAUAGUGCAGCUUAUAAAACAGACAAUGAAAAUCACACAGAGGACGAUAUACUGAUUCAGACUGUCCUUUGGCCCACCCCCAAAUUUUAAAAGAUAUUGAAGAAAUUAUGUAUUUUUUCCAGUCAGAAGUAAAUCAGUCAGUCAAAAAUUGAUUGACAAUUUAUUGCCAAUUCCUUUUUAUUAUAUUCUGGAUAACUGAAAAAAAGGAGACACCUUUUGCCUGUCCUCCAACAGGAGGAUGUGUUUACUCUCCCACUUAGAUAUUUGUGAACCCUAUUAAGCUUAUCCAAGGAAUUACUGCCUUGAAAUGGGUGAAAACAUUGAUUUCAAGCUUUUAUCGCAGGUAUAGGUCACCUAAAGUGAUUUGAUAACAGCAGGAGUAUAAGCACUUACCUUCAAUGAUUUACUCAUAUAAAACAUCUGCAACGGCUUGAUUAUAAUUCCCAUCCAGUGUUUAAAGAGUUGAAUGAGCACAAGUACAUAUCAUAAUUUUGAUUGAAAGUAGUAAGACAGAUUUAUCUGAUCAUUAACCAGCUUCAUUUUCUCAAAAGUUUUAAAAGGGGGAAUCAUGACAGUGAUUCAAACACAAGAGGCUGUUUUGCAUUAGAAUUAAAUGGAUGGUAGAAGUUGUUUGUAAGGUCCUCAUCUUCGCCUUGUAUACUGUCUAAGGUCUUGAGUGUCAGGUACUUAUUUUCUAUACUAAGGUGCAGAUUUUUUUUUGUAAUAAUGUACUUGAUUUGCUAAUGUUUCACUGUUACAAGGGAAAAAAAGAGUUGCAUGAAAAAUGUAUGAGGAUAAGGAUUAUACAUCACAUUGACAUGGGGAUGAUUUGAUACAAUUACUUAACUUUUAUAAGAUGAAAAAAAGAUGAAUCGCUACACAAUAAAUGUCAACCUUCAGUUUAGAAAGCUGUCUUGAAUAUGGUUGCCUAAUUGUUUGGUAAAGCCAAUGCUUUAAAGAUAGAUUUCCACUAACAAGCUUAUGCCAUUACUGGGUUUGUGUGCUUGUCUGUUAGUUUAUGUUACGGUCACUUACAUUCUCAGAGAAAUGUCUCUUGGGGUCUGAGUGGGAACAACUAUACAAACAACAAAAGAAAACAGUCACUUGACCCCUGUAAACACUAGGAGAGCUAAUAUAAAUGACAAAUAAAAAUCAACAACAAAAAACAGCAACAGCAUAAAAGCCUCCUGGGAAGUCUGUGGUAUUAUGAAUUCAAUAGCUCCAUUUAUCAUGGCCUUCAAACAGACAGAGCUAAAUUGAGAACAGCGUUUAAUCUGGAGCUCAUGAUAGAAGUAACCAGCCACCUAACUUCUUUCUCUUCUCUGUUGAGACUUUAAACGCAAAGUACUGAGGAACUUGAGCGGAUGCAAUAUUUGGCUGCUAGGUCAGAUAAUCAAUAAACAGACAGUGUUAUUAUAACCCACAGCCUUGGAAAAUGGAAACCCAGGAACCCAGAGCUUGACUGGCUCCUCAGAAACCUCUUUAUUUUACUGACUGCAAAAAAAAUCUUAACCCUUUUAUGUAGAUGAACCUGCUCGAAGAAUUUUUUGUCGAUUUAACUGCUGAAAACUAAGUCCCAUGCUAAAGACAUCCUAUAUCUAGACUCCCUGUCCUUUAAGAUACAUGCAGAUACCAUGGUGAGAAUCUUAACAUAUAUGUUCAGAAAUGUGGAUAAAAUUUCUGCUUGAUGGAAAGGAGCUUUGCUCAUUCAGAACCCAAUAGCUAUUUUCUGAAAAUGACAGUGUCAUUCGUGAAUGAUUCGUUCAAAAGAACUGAAUCUUUUAAGUGAACAUACUGAACCAAAUCACUUCCUUAAAUGAUUCGUUCAUUUCUCACUUCAGUUGAGCUGUCAGCAGUGCAGCUGCCAUAGCGCACAGCACUGCCUGGCGAGCAGCUGGCGAGCAAGGGACCGCACGCACUGACGUCUGAAUCACUUUGUGAACGAAUUACGCAGUGAACUACAGUCUCUGGAAUCAUUUUUGUCUGAGGGAUACACUUUCAUGGCAACGGUUGUUCCCUGUUGUUUUCACAGAUUUAGUUCGUGAUUAAACAAACUUAAAUUGAUGGGCUGGUAGUAAUGAGAAGAGAGUGAGACUCACCAGCUGUAGCAAGCUCUUGACAGGAGCGAUGGAGGGAGAUAGGAGUGUGUUCAAGUGUAUCUCAGAGAAAAAUAACUUUUUUUAAACUCUGCUAAAUUGCAACCACAACAACUUGCAUACAAUAGGACACAGCAUGUAACAGGUUCAGUGAACGACUCACACCCUGAGCCCAAUUUACAGAGUAGACCAGAUAGCAUACCAUUGGACAGUACACUUAAAACAUCAUGAUUUAUAGACAAGUUCAUUUUCACAAACCUGUUUGUUAAAGCAACACAGCCACAACACUCUCGUCCCCCGUUCCCAGAAGCUAUGAAUCUGAACUGAACACUGAACCGUUCAGCUGUGUAUCAGUUCAGGGAGUCAGAGUUGCAGGCUCCUCUCACCAAGUGCUGAAUGAUUCAGUGAUUAGGUGAACGAAUCUUUUGAACAAAUCUUUUUAGUGAACUGAUUCUAGUGAUUCAGUACAUCUAAAAGAACAGCCGUGCCCAUCACUAAUGAUAAAGCGCUAAAGAGAAACAGCCUCAUGUAUGAGCUGACCAACAACUUGGAUUAGUUAGAGUUAAUUGUACAAAUAUAAACUGAACAUAAUAUCAUACAGAUGUUGGAAAAGAGUAAACAGGAGCUUGAUGUUUCCUGUCUUUCUCUGAGACAGGCUCACUCCAAAAGGUUGAGGGUCAUCACACCUCCUCACUCUGACUUGUUUGUGGAGGGGGGGACCUGAUUACUGAAGGCUUUAAUCUUAACUACUUUUGGAGACUUCUGAAUAUACAUCAUGUCUCAUACAGGAAGUGCAUGUUCCAAGGUGGUAAUAGGAUACUUGAGCUCUGUUAAGCUCCAUUUAAACUGCCAGUUCAAGAAGGAAAUGUACACCCUUACAUAAUCUUGCCUUCAGAGCAAAUGUCACAGAGGUCCACUGAUGGGAUCAAGCCAUCCCACCAGUGACACAGUGUUACUGUGAAGUGAUAAUGGAAGCGAAACAGAACAGCACUGUGCAUGUACAUAUCGGGCAAUGUGUGUAUGUGAAGCUCCCACUCCCACUGUGUGUGUACAUGUUGUACCCCUCAUGCUUUCACAAUACCCAUAUGAUAUUACACUGUGGGAAAUAAGUGCUCUGCAUUGACUCUGCUGUGGACUCGCAUUACAAAAAGGGCUGAAGACAGUAGGAUGUUUGACCUUUGACAGCUUUGUAGGUGAAAAGACUGGCGUAGAUUUUGAUUUAUACACUGUAAGACUGCUUUGGUACAAACUGGGCUCCAAAGGGAAAGAUAGCACCAUCUGGACUGGACUCCCUUGCUGCAGCUCCAGUAAAUUCAGUACUUUACAAAGUACCUACACUGGCCAGAUCCUGGUUCAGACCUGGAAAACACUCUAACUAUGACACCCACCACUGAUGAGGGUUUGUUAACUUGAAAUCUCUUGUGUGUUAUCACUGAUGCCUGUCAUUCUUGGGUUAUGUUGAAUGAGCUGACAUUAGGGUCUUCAGCAGUAACAAGUCAUUUUCAGUGCUCUGAUUAUUUUUGCUUGUUUGAACCAUUAGUACCCACAAUGGGACUGGUGCUGGAGACUAAAUUUUCUUUCCAGACAAUGAUCACAACAGGGUUCUGAUGUUGAGCUUGUGACAGCUGUAAUUUGGGUGAGCUGUGGUUUUGUCCUGGAUUUAUUGUCUUCAGUUGAAGUGUUGCUAAACAGAACAAGCAGUGUAAUUGCAGGGCCGGACACAAAGUAUAAAAUUCAACCAAAGAAAUGAAUAAUUUCCAUUAAAAAAAGAAAAGAAUAGUGUCAACUUUGGAUGCUCUUAAUUUGUACCCUUAAAAAUCUGCAAAUCAAUCAGUUUUUAAUGUGAGAGAGAUUUUGUUCUUCAGUUAGCAAAAUGCUGUCACUGUGGAAAAACAAAACAAUAAAAUCAAGAGAAAGAGACCAAAAGGAGACACUAUGUGUGGAUGAAGUUAUUCUUUAAUUCUGUCCAAAGUCAGCUGCCUACUCUCCUCAUUGAGCAGUAAAAGCAGUAAUGUCUUUGCAUUAAAACUGUGAAGACGGACUGGCUGUUCACUGUCUUUAUCUCACAUUUAAUGGAUCCAGUCUAUCUAUCAAUAGUCCAUUCACAGUAAAUUGGUUUCCUUUGCCUGGUGCCAGUCCCAACAGAUGCAGCUUCAGGCUAGACUGGAUCAGUUUACUGCCUGCCUCUCUGCACAGUACUGUAGUUUUACAGAUCAGUGUCAGUUAAUUACAGUAACUGUAAGUACACUAAGUACUUGAAUGGGUUCUUGAGGUUUGGUUGAAGCACGUGUUUGGUCUGGCCUGUGCUGGUGGGUUCAUUGUGAUAUCUGACUGUUCCCUGCAUGUGUUCGUCUUUGAAAGUGGGUUUUCAAAAGGUUUAAUCUGAGGAAGACUGAUCCAGAAUUGGGAACCAUUCUUUUUACUACCGAGGAUCAGGUUAUCUAAAGAUUACAAAAACUAUAAAAUAAUUCCACGAGGGAUGGAUCGUGUAUAUGACCAAACAAGAUAUCAGAAUAAUUGUUUACUUGAGUGUUAAUUCAUUCAUUCAUUUCCUAAUUCACUUGCUCACCCAUUGAAUCUUAUACUCAUUUUACUCAAUAGUUUUUGGCAAAGUAAACUGAAGUUUGUGCCAAUAUUUGAACCAGUUUUAUCCAAUUUCAUUGUCCUCGGUUGUUUGGAAAAAGGAUUUUGUAGUCUGAUCACCUAAAUAUCAGGUUACUUAUGAACAACAAGGCCCUGAAUACAGUUUCAAAGGUACUUGAAAAUGGAAGAGAAGAGUUUGAAGAGCUCAUCAAACAGGGUGAUUUGUAUACAUCUUAAAAGAAAACCUCAAGGACUAAAAUAUAGAAUAGAUGAGAGAGAACGAGAGAAAAAGUGACAAGACUUGAAAACAUUUUAUGAAGAGGGCCAAAGACAGAUAGGCCAGAAUAUUUUAAAUAUUCCAGUAAAGGUUCAAAUCAAAGCAUGGUUAAAGAAUGUAAGGAGGACACAGAGGACAGGAAUGAAUCAAAAACUGAGAAAAGUAUUCACAGCAAUGUUAUGGUUAAGUCCACACAGCUGGACAGAGAUUAGCUCUAAGGUGUUGAGCUUGACAUUAAGAGAUUAUACAGUAUAUCAUCUAUUAUCUAUGAGGCAGAGGCGAUCAGAGCCAAGACAGAGGAAUGUUGAUUUGCUACAUCAGUGAACUUGUAAGUGUGUGCCAGAUAAUUUUGAUUACCAUUGAUAUUGACAUAGUGAAACAUUUUUUUCUGUCAGUAAAGAAUACAGAGAAUCCAAAACCUUUGAAUAAUGAGCAAGCUCCUUAUAUUUAUGGAAACGUACCAUCGCACUUCAAAGCUAACAUCUCAUUAAAUGGCAUCCUUAUGUGCAAAUUUAAAUCUUCUAUCACUGAUUAAUGUUGUGACAGAAGAAAACACAUCAAUCUUUGUCUCCUCCAUGCCCUGCUGCCAAACCUAGAAUUAGGUCAGGACUCUACAUUCACUAGAGACACAACAGGCAGAGCACCAACAACAACCACCUACAAAAGUGGGGUGCCACUAGACUGCAUCCUCAGCCACUUUGUCUAUAUCGUGUAAACUAACAAGAGUUUUAACGAAACACGUCAGUGACCACUGACUAGUUAGCAAUUAUUCUCUCAACUCACAAAGUCAUAAUAACUGAGUAGUAAAUUCAUGAGACAGAAAGCCAUGAGGUUAUCCAGAGGGGCGGCCAGGGUUUAAACCCAACCUCCCACAAAUCCAAAACCAUGAAAUUACCAACAGACAGCUGGUAAUUUCUUUGCAACUUGAUAUUGUAACAUUUUGUAUAAAUGUCUGGGUCCACAAAAGUCUGAAAUUAUACGUAGUUUUCAAAAACAAACAUGUUGUAUACUUUUCACCUUACUUCAGAUCGUAACGCAGCCUUACAGUUUCCAAUAUUAUGUAACCACUUAUGGCAGAGCACCCUCUGUUGUUCCAGCUGUCAUAAAUAAUAAUGCAUAAUUCUGUCCAUUUAAUCGUCUCCCUUUUUCUCAUGGGGCUGCGUAUCCAACACACCCCCAUGUUCUGCACACUUUCCCUUUAAGUUGGAUCAUUCUGACAUAUUCCACAGAGUUGAGUAAUGAAGGGAGGAAACAUCACAAAAAGAUACCUUCUGCAACAAUAUUUGAUUAAUGUUCAAAAUGUUUCAGGUGGUUGUAUAAGGUUUGACAUAAAUCUUUUUCUGUUACAAAUAUCUGAAAACUUGUGAGCUUAAGAGCUAUUCCCAUUCAGUGGAGGCCACUCAAGUUCACCCACCUGAUAACGUGAUUGAAACCUGUUGUGACAGGAGGCCCUUACUGUCUGUGAGGCCCUAUUUUCUUUUCUACUUAGGACAGUAUACUCCUUAUUCUGAAACUCCCAUUCCUGUCCUUAAGCUACCAAUUGUAGGCAAUGUACUGAACCCUUUUUCCACCCCCGCCAUCUCUUGACUGUUUGAAGACAGAGCCAGAGUCUGCACAGUUAGGAUUGACCUUAAAAGCCAUGGCAAUGACAUCCCACCACACAUUUGAAGCAAGCAUACUUCACUCUGGAGGCAGAGGCAGAAAUCAUCCAAAGUUGUCAAGAAUUGCAUUUUUAUGGGAGCCUAAGUUGGAUUUGUAGCACCUGGUAUACAUUUGUUCUGGCUAGUGCUAUGUGAAUGAAAAAAUCUCACAUAGAACUUUAGUAUAACAUUUUAAAGAGGUGAAGCCUGAUGAAAAUGUGACAUGCAACUUCACCACCUAUCCCAUUAAAGGGAUAUUCCAGCGUAAAAUUAAGUUAGGGUCAGACACACUGUAACACCGAGUUAGACACCCCCUGGAGAGAUGAAUGUUGCCGACCGCUUGCUUCCUCCAGGAAUCAUUGUGGUGUAAAAGCAAGAGUGCUGCCCACUGCUUCAGUGUGCAGCCUCUUGUGUGGACCACCAUAACAAUGCUUGAGAGUAAAAAAUACCACCUGGUCCCUCAGCCAAGGCAAACCAAAAAGAAACAUUUUAGAACGUAAACAUUUCAAACAGGGAAAAAAGGUUUGUCAUUCGUGUGAUCAUCCACUCACUUUGAGAUUCUAAACAAAACAGCUUUACUGGAUACAUGUGGUUUCUAUACACAGUACUUUGCUUUAUAUGUGUUUUUACUGUGUUCUUUGUCUCACUGAUGGAGAAAACUGUUUUUAUGGAGGAGUGCUGUAGGGAAGGAUGGAGCUGCCAGGUGAGACUGAGCAGCAAAUGGUUGAAAUGCCUCAUGUUAGGUAUGUGAGUCCCUCUGCAGAAUGUAACCACAAAAGGUCAUAAUUAGCAAAGCCUGUGGAGUUAUUCUAGACCUGGACUAAGUUAUAUUAAACAUCCAUCUAUAAUAUAAAGCCUUGACGUAAAAAUAUAUCCACUCCCAAAUCCAGUUUCCAUUCAAGCGUUGAAACUGCUGUGCCAUUUCCCUUAAAGCUUGUCAGGAUUGCAGGUCUCAAGAGUGUGGUGAGGUUUUCCUUGGCCAGUGAACUACGUUUCACUAAAAACACAGAAUAGCGGUCAUGUUCUAAUAAAUAUUUAAAGAGGUGUUUUACUGUACUGUUAAGGGUAAACAUUAACUUUUUUUUCCGAUCCUAGCUGGAAGCCAGACAAAGACCAGACGGCUGUUCGCAAGGCGAAAGAUUUCUCAGCCACAGGAAAGUCACCUCCCUGUAAGCUAUCUGACUUCUUUUUGAACUUCUUUUUAACAUUUUAUAACUCCAUAGUUUGUUUAGAAACCUCACAGUAUGUGAGCUUGAAAUGAAAAGGUGGGUUGAAAUGUUUGCACAAUGAUGAAUCAUGCAAUCAGAAAAAACAUUUGGUUGAAAUUAUUGUAGUCUGUCUUCCUUCUCACAGUUUGUUAUCAUAAGUCCAAAACAAAGACACUUUUUUCAAUCACAACUCCAUGCUAAUAAACUGUCUUUGAAUCUGUUGGAGACUAAUAAGUGUUAGCAACAUUCAUGAUGUCCACACAGCAGCACUUUCUCUCUGGACUUCUGCUAAAGUUGAGAAACUGAAUGUAGUGGCAACUUUACAGUCUCCGCUUACUCACUCUUUACGAGCUAAAACUUUUUACAUAAUUGAAUAAUAGCUAAUGUUAGCAUACCACCAAUUCCUGUUUAAUGCUGCUGUGAGGCUGUGAAAGCUUGCUGUGAAGCAGUCUGGAGAAAAGGAUUGUUGUACAGUGGUAACCAUGUGUUAACUGUGCUACAACAACAACAACAUGAACUCCAAAAGAUUAACCAGUCACCUAUUGGCCCUCUGUGUGGGAAUGAUAAAACUGAUUAAAUUAAGUUUAUUAUAAUUUCAACAGGACCAAAGAAGGCUGCUGUGUAAAUGUUUUGACUCACAUCUACUGGUAAACUGGGUCAGCGGCCACCUCCAGACAUAUUACAACUCAGGAACUUCAGAGAAAUUCAAUGUAUGACGUCCAAAAUACCACAAGAAGGAGGUGUUUAUGUGGUGUCUUUUUGUGAUCCUGACCACAUUUGAAGGCUCCACAACUUUACCACAAAUCUAGCAACACCACUGUUCACCAGGACUUUAAAUCUCUCCUGUUGUAUUGUUGUUUAAUUUAAGACGUUUAACACUAGCAUUAGCCUUCGCGUAUCAUCGGCUGUCAUAUAUGUUGGUCUACCGUGAAAAAUAGCUCAAUGUCCAUUUGGAUUUUCUCGACUCAUUGCCUUCUUUGGGGUUAGAGAGCUUGUGCACAAAUCAGAUUUAUUGUUCAUUUGUUGCAUUGGUGAACUGUAAAUUCAGCAGAGUGACAUUCAAGUGAAACUUGUUUAAUCCUGAGAAUGAUGUCAGAGGAUCACUCUUCAAGCACUGUAUCAUCUUUCAAUAACAAUGAUUAUAAUGACUCAUAUUUUCAUUAUAAUCAGACUUUUUUGUACAAGGGAAUGCCAGAGAGAAAGAACAGGAUGCUCUCUCCUCAUGGAGUAUUGAUGGUGAGGCUGCUCCAGCCAAAUAAAAAUAAACAAUUGCCUCCUCCUGAGGGAGCUAUCCUAUUUGUUAAAAAUGUCAAUAUCCUUCCCAGCCAAUGCUGAGCAGAUAGCAGAUGCAGUUAGCCCUUUUUCACUCCUAGCAGUGUAAAGAUGCAUGAGAGUAAAUAAAGAGAAGAGAUUUCCUCGUAAGUACAGCAGUCUGAGGAACAUUAAAAUACUCUGAAGAGCUGAGGGGAACGUUAGGGUUGAAUAAAGGAGCUGAUGGGUGAAACCUCCUUGAUGUUACACAAACUUUGAUCAGUUGUAUAUUGUUUUGAGGUCAGAACUUUGCAUGGGAGUUGCGAUUUUCUUAAAGUGAGUGAUAGAGCCUGUGGGGAUUUCAUCAUUUUUCAGGGUUUCAACAUUCCUCGUUGCUGUGGGAUGUUUCAUAUAAAUAAAUAAAUAAUCUUCCUUUUCAUUUUUUUUUCAGAAACACAAGUCAAACCUCAUGACUCCAGCACGCCGCUGCGGUCGUUUGAUGGAAAGCUGCUCUUCUCACAUGCCAUGCUGUGACCCCUGCGCCUCCUGCCGCUGUCGACUCUUCAAUACCAUCUGCCACUGCUGGAGAAUGAACCCUCUGUGCUUAAAGAAGACGUAGAUUACAAUAAAAAAGGCACUUACAGACCAGCCCAGCUUGUGUACAUAUGCAAUGACGCAUAGACGCAUACCUACGCAGAAAUGCAAACACAUGCACAUCCCCCUCUGGCACGUAAUCCACAGGUGCAGUUCAGAGAAUUUUAUUUCCGCUCAGACAACACAUGAAACACGCCAAGACUGAAAAAGAUGAAAAAUGAAGCCUUUUUUUGUCUUCGUUUUCAAAAUCAAGUAGACACAGAGAUGUUCCCAGAAUGCCCAAAUACCAAACAUGAUGGAGGUUAAGCAGGACUAGAGAGGGAUGAUGCUUUUUCAUGUAUGUAGACAAUCACGUAUAAAAAGUGUGCUGUGCCUUAAGUAUUCGCCACAAUUAUCAACGCCUAUUAAUAUGAUAAUCAUUUCAUCUUGCUCUGUGGGAAUGUAGAUGUUUAUUUUAAGUCAGUUACUUUUGUUAACUAUUGCCUAAAAGAUGGUCUUAUGUUUUCAGUUAUCAGUAGCUUACCUAGAAGUUCAUUGCAGUUAAUUAUGGUGCUUUAAGUACUAUAGUUUUUUUGAUUGUGAAAUAACCCUUCAUUGUGCCAUCGCUAACUGUGCUUAACAAAUCUAUAAGACCACCUGUCACAAAAAGUGAGAAAACAUACAUUUUGGAAAACUGUCAAAAACUAAAAAUGUUAUGUUUUUUAUUUGGGGAAUAACAAACUUGAACUCAAUAGUCCCUAUUCACACAUAAUAACUUCAAAAUUGUCAUAUUUUGUUUGUAUGGCCUCCUUUGGCCUUGAUAACAUCUUGCAUCCUCAGUGGCAUGUUUUUUUCUUUUUCAACAGACUCUUUUCUUAUUGAGUUCCACAUAGUUUCAAGAUGAUCCCAGAGACUUGGUUUAGAUUAAACUUUUGUGUGAUCAAUCUUUAACUCCAUUAAAUCCCAAUUUGUUCAAUGGGAUUAAAGUCUGGACUCUGGCUGGGCCAGUCUAUCAGUUCCAGUCGUUCGGAUUCCUUUUCCCUGGUCAAAUAGUCUCUGUACAGCUUUGACGUGUGCUCGGAGUUAUUGCCUUGUUGAUAUGUGAAUCUGCAGCCAAUCAGAUUCAGUCCACAAGGGACUCUAAGAUGUUGUGGAAAGAGUUCUUGGUUGCAAUACCAGUGAUUUUUAGAAAUGGAACCCCAAAUCAUCAUGGGAUCUCCACUGCGUUUCAUUGUGGGUGCAAAACAUCUGGCAUCAAAAUGUUCUCCAGCUUCUCUGUGGAUAUAAACAUGACGAUGCUGACAGAAGAGUUCAAACUUGGACUCGUCUGUCCAAAGUAUCUUCUUCCAGUCAUCAACAGUCCAGAGUUAGACUCAGUAAUGGCGCUUAAGCAGCUAUUCUUCCCAUUAAGCCUUGUUCUGUCCAUCUUCUGCUCAUGGUCAUUCAGGAGAUAGAGGCAUUCAUCUCUGCCUGAAGAUCAGCAGUGGUCCUCCCUUUGUCUCUAGCACUUAAAAUCUUGAGGUGUCGGACAUGUGCUUCAGUUAACCGUCAUUUCCUGCCUCUUCUUUGGUGUAUUUUGUAAAUACCAGUCUCUGCAAUUAUCUCGAGAGUAUAUCGUGAGAACAUUUUAUGUCUUUCCCUGUUUUUCUCAGAGACCAUCCAGCAUGAUGAAGCGCUUUCAUGCAGACUCUUUCAUUUCCAGUCGGCUCUCCAUGUUUCAUAAAUUUGAGCAGGAAUGAGGAAUUUCAAACUGAUUUCCUCCCUUUUUCUUUCCCAAAUUUUCCACUGACGUACUGGUCUUCUCUGAGAAGUCAGAAAUCAAUCAGGUAUGGCAAUCAACCAGGAAAACAUUUGCAAGUAAAUAACCAUAAUUUCACAUCUUGAUCAAGACAUAAUGAUUUACUUUAUGAUUUUUUCUGUUUUUUUUGUAAAAUAGUAAAUCUGAAAAAUUAUGGAUAAUAGUAAGACUUAUGUUUGCAACAAAAAUAUCAUUUUGGUGAUAGAGCUUCUACAUGUUGAUGUAUGAACCAUAGCAGAAACGUAAAUGAUUUUGGAUUACCAAUGCUGUUAAUUCAGGGCAGCUGUGUCAUAAACCUUACACUGUGUGGUGGUCUAAUAAACUUGUCAAGCACUGUUUGCUCUUUGUUUCUCUCUUGUUUAGGAACGUUUAAAUGUUGGACAAAAUAAAAUUCUCUUCAGUGUCACUCAAAAAAAAAAAGGACUUCGGAUAAUUUAAUGGCAUGAAAACAAAUCCAAAAUUAGCAUUUUACAGAUGUUUGCCGGCAGCUAUCCCGUGGAUGGGCUUCACCUGCUUUGUAUUUCUCUCUGUGACGAUUGUGUGGAAAACAGAAAGAUGCUUAACAAAGUCAAUGUGAAUUGCAAAAUAAAGCAUGAAUCUUGACCAAGUGA